UCAGUAUUUUAUCAAUGUUCUAAUUUAUAUCAAGAAGAUAAGACAAGAAAAUUAAAAAGUGCAAUAUCAGAUGCGCUAUGCGUGUGUUAUUUUGUUUAAAAGGUCGCGCUUAUACGUAUUUAUCCGAUUUGUUAUGAACAUUCUUAUUAACAGGACUACGUUGCUGUUGUGAGCAAAUUUGUCACCAAGGAUGGGGUUUAGUCAUCUGACCAGAGUCUUGAGCCACACCCAGAAAUGUCAGAGACAACUGGCCUACCUGGCAUCCCGAGGGCAACUGAGACAUACCUCACAAUGUUAUAAUAACAUACAUCGCAGAAUAACAACAUAUGCAAAGUUGAGAACUGUUCAUUCGCAAAUGGAUCUAAGGGCCACAGUAAAAAAUGUGCGAACCACUAGAACAGUGACAGAAAACAAGAAGAUGUCUCUGGUCAUCUUUGACAAGGAUGGAACUCUCAUUUGCUUUCAUUCCAUGUGGCUGCCAUGGUUACACAAGAUCAGUAAAAAGAUAUGUGCAGCCACAGGCCGAGAUUUAGAGAAUAAAAUCUUUGAGCUGCUGGGCUACUGUCGCAUCAGCAAGAAGUUCAAUCCUGGCCUGCUUGCAGAGUCCACCAAGCUGAUCAUCCAGACAGAGCUCACCAAGCUGCUGGAAACAGAGGGCUAUGAGGAGGCUGCAGCCAGGGGCAUGGUAGUCAGCGUCUGGGAGGAGGGAGACCACACAAGCACCGACACUCUCAAGUCUUUGGCCAACCUGAAACUGCUGUUCAAAAUUUUGAAGAAGAAUGAUGUCAAGAUAGCAAUAUCCACUUCAGAUUCACGUAAGGGUACAACAGAAACACUCAAAGAGCUGGACCUUGAGAAGUACAUUGACCUGGUGGUGUGCGGUGAUGAUCCUGACAACAUUCCCAAGCCAAGCCCCUACUCCGCCCACAAGAUCUGCUCCCAGCUGGGCGUGGCUCCCUCUGAGACGGUCAUGGUGGGAGACACGAAGGCAGACGUGGGGAUGGGCAAGGCUGCCAAGCUGGGCUGGACCGUGGGUGUGCUGAGUGGGGUGGGAAAUAGCCAGGACCUGCUGCCAGAGGCAGACCACGUCAUACACACAGUCAGUGACCUCCUCCCUCUCAUACUGCCUGGCAAAGAGUGGCAGCAGUACUAUAAGUACAGUUCUGCAGAGCGGAUCAUGUUUGAGCCUCAUCACCUGGAGGAGCAUGGCAAGACCUCCCCAACCAGGGCCCUCAUGGUGCAGGACGGCAUACAACUGGUUGUGUUUGACCUGCAUGGCACUCUGAUGAACACCCACCGCAGAUAUGUGCAAUGGCUCCACACACUAUGUAACAGGAUGGAGCAGACAACAGGGCUGGAACUGAGGGCAGACGUGCAUCAGAAGCUGGGAGUCAGCCUGGAGACACAGAAACUGCAAGUGGGAAUACUGGCAGACGGCACCACUCUGCAGGUAAAGUCCAAGCUGCUGGAGAUCCUGCUGCACAACGGUCUGAGUUAUGAGGAGUCGAUGUGGACGGUGAACCAGCUGUGGGUGGAAUGUCGUCACCUCCUGGAGGGCCAUACAGAGGACAACAGCAGCGAGGCCAGGGACCUCUGCAAGAUGCUCAAGAAUUGCAACGUGAAGAUUGCCAUUAACACGGGGGACUCGCGCGAGUCUGCGUUGGCAGACCUGAAGACUAUUGGGCUGUUGAAGUACAUUGACAUGAUGGUCUGUGGUGAUGAUCCAUUCUCUCAGCCUAAGCCAUCCCCACAUAAUUUACAACUUAUCAUGGGAGAGUUCCGUGUGGACUCCAAUCGCACUGUGGUGGUGGGCGACUCAGUGUUAGACAUGAGGAUGGCCAAGGAUGCCAAUGUGUUGUGCAAAAUUGCUGUUUUGAAUGGUGUUGGCGAAAAGGACGCUUUGGUUCAACAUGCUGAUUUUAUUGUUCCCUCCGUAUUUCAUGUGAAUAAAUACUUGUUAAAAGAAGUAGGUAAUAAUGAGAUAUAUGGUAACAUUGAUCACCAAUCUACUUUGAAUCAGUUUUCUAGGAAAUUUAGUACAUUUCCGGUCAAUUCAAAACUCUUCAGAAAUUGUUCACAGGGAGCACAACCAGAUGGCAGAAAACCCUUUUCUACAUCAUGUGCAAAGUAUUCUACUGCUGCUACAAGAAGUGAGUAUGACUAUAUUAUUGUGGGGGCAGGCUCUGCUGGUUGUGUUCUAGCAAACCGCCUCACAGAGAAUGGGGAAGAUAGAGUGCUGCUACUGGAGGCCGGACCAAAGGACAACUCGUGGAAGAUCUGGAUGCCAGCAGCUCUGUUCUACAACCUCUGUGAUGACAAGUACAACUGGUUCUACCACACAGAGCCUGAACCACACCUCAACAACCGGGUGAUGUACUGGCCGAGAGGCAGAGUGUGGGGGGGCUCCUCCUCCCUCAAUGCCAUGGUGUAUGUCCGCGGCCAUGCAUAUGACUACGAUCGCUGGGAGAAGGAAGGGGCAACCAACUGGUCCUACUCUAAGUGUCUUCCGUAUUUUAAGAAGUCACAGACUCAUGAGCUUGGUGAGGAUGACUAUCGCGGUAGCAGUGGGCCGCUACACGUGUCCCGAGGCACGUCUGGGAACCCUCUACACCAGACCUUCAUCGAGGCAGGUCAGCAGGCUGGUUACCCGUUCACUGAUGAUAUGAAUGGGUACCAGCAGGAGGGAGUCGGCUGGAUGGAUAUGACCAUUCACAAAGGAUGGAGGUGGAGCUCUGCAGCUAGCUAUCUCCGUCCAAUCAUAAAACAGCGACACAACCUUACCGCAGAAGUGAAAGCGCUUACAAACAAAAUCCUGUUUGAGAAAAACAGAGCAGUGGGCAUGGAAUAUGAACAGAACGGAAAAAAGAAGAAAGUAUUUGCCAAUAAGGAGGUCAUUCUAUGUGGAGGGUCAAUCAAUUCCCCUCAGUUGUUAAUGUUGUCUGGAGUCGGAAAUGCUGAUGAUCUCAAGAAAUUGAACAUUCCUGUUGUCGCCCAUCUGCCUGGGGUGGGUGAAAACUUGCAGGACCAUCUGGAAAUGUAUGUGCAGUAUGAAUGCCUAAAGCCCAUUACUCUGUAUACAGCACAGUGGAAGUUUCCACACAACAUGGUCAAGAUUGGCUUGGAGUGGAUCUUUACACGCAAGGGCUGGGGUGCUACUACGCACCUAGAGUCUGGUGGAUUUAUCCGCUCAUCUGCUGGAGUGGAACAUCCAGAUCUUCAGAUCCACUUCCUACCAUCUGUAGUGAAGGAUCAUGGUAGGAAAACAGGUGACUGUCAUGCAUUCCAGUUCCAUAUUGGACAAAUGAGAUCACAGAGUAAGGGUUUUGUGAAGCUGAAGUCACAAGAUCCCAAGGUACAUCCAAAGAUUGUGGCCAACUACAUGGCGAUGCCUCAAGAUUGGGAGGAAAUGAGGGAUGCUGUCAAGCUGUCACGCGAGAUCAUUGCACAGAAAGCGUUUGAUGAGUUUCGAGGAAGAGAAAUCCAACCUGGACCUACUGUCCAGUCUGAUUCAGAAAUUGAUGCAUUCUUGCGUGAGGCAUGUGAUUCAGCAUACCAUCCAUCAUGUACCUGUAAAAUGGGAUCAGUCAAUGACCCAAUGGCAGUUGUUGAUCCAGAAACCAAAGUCAUUGGACUUGAAGGUUUGCGGGUGGUGGAUGCCUCAAUCAUGCCAAGUGUUGUCAGCGGCAACUUGAAUGGACCAACCAUCAUGUUGGCAGAAAAGGCUGCAGAUAUGAUUCGUGGUUUACCUCCCUUGCAAGAAGUCACCGUGAAAGUAUAUAGACCAGCAACUUUGGAUAAGCAGCGAUAAUGUUUAGAAUUGAAACUGUCAAAGUCAAUCUAAUUAAAUGCUGGUUUAUUCUGUAUUGACCAGAACUUUCUUGAAUGUUGAUACUUUCAAUUGUGUACCUAAUAAUGAGCUAUGGGAUCAAAAAGGACUUCAAGGGGAGAAUUUCUGUUUAAAAAAAGGAAAUUAAGAUAUUUAUACCUAGAACAGAUACAUUUGGCUAUAUAUAAUUGUUAGAAGUGCAUACAAGUGUUAAAAAAGACGUAGAUCAAAUGAUCAAUUAAUUUGGAAAAAAUGAUGAGCGUGUUGAGACUAAGUGUUAUAACAAGAACCAGGUACCUAGGUCCAAGGUCAAUGUUACUUUACUGUUUGCCCUGAGCAUAACUUUUUCCAGCAUGCAUGGAUUUAUAUAACUUUGCUGAAAUAAUGUGAACGUAUUCCUCAAAUCUUACUGCAAUACAAAAUUUGACAUAUGAGUAGGAAUGUUAUCAUAAAAGAGAUUUGUUUGCAGAUUUUCAUAUUUUUGAAAAAACUUUUUAUGUUUUUAAUAGUCUUAAAUUAUUAUAAAAGCAAGAACAAAAAGUUCAUUAAAAAUAUUGCCAUCCCUGGGUCCUCUUGAAGCAAAAGCCAACUUGUUACGGAUUUAAAAUGAUUAUUAUUCGUUAAUGAACCAAUAUUUAAAAAAAUAAUCUUAGUUAAAAGUGUUAUUUUGCUUGUUUAAACAUAUUGCAUACAUUCUUUUUUUAAUAUAUGAUAAUUGUUUAAAAAAUCAUCAUUUUCCCACACCGUGAAAAGGUCCCUUUAAAGCUAUCACUUGCGCUCACAAAAUCCUUGGCAAAUAGCAACAUCGAAGUCAACUGACUAAUAAAUGUUCAAUAAAAAAAAAUGAUUAGUUUAAAAUAUUUUUUUGAAGGUCUGGAAUUUGACACGAGUCCUUAGUUCUUGGGUUGGCUCAUAGUAAUUGGGUUUAUAGUUUUCCGAUUCAUGUACAUUGGUACAUGAAUCAUGUGCAUGAUUCACAUGCAAACCUUACCACUGAUUUAGCAUACACACAAUUAAAAGCAAAUAAAUGUCUUUAUUCCCAAUUCCAAUUUAUAAAUGCAACAAAAUCUACCACCAAAUCCCCCAAAACUGCUGCCCCAUAUAUAAUACCGAUUUUGGAGUUACUAUAAAAGUGCACCAUGUAAAGAUGGCAUAUGUAGCAACUCCCUCUCCAGGUUAAGGGCACAAUUAGAGGUCAGAGGUCAGGUCCAAACUGUAACUUAUGAUUAAAUGUGUCAAAUUACAGUAUAUAUCUACCUUAACAUUUAUCAUGCAAUAAUAAAAAAAACAAUGUACCAAAAAUGUUCACACAGUGGAGAACACAUGUCAAUGCAAUGCCCUCACUCCUUGGGCAGUGGGCCAUACAACAGGUCAGAGGUCAUACAUGUCGCAGCUUGUUAUAUAUACAUGGAAAUACAAGCAUUAUUGACAAUGGGCUCAAAUAGUUGCCAACAGGCAUCUAGUUCAAAUAAAUUGGCAGAGGUUCCUAUCAUGGCAAGGAGUCUCUUGUUUAUUUAAAAAAAAGCAAAGGUCUCUUUAUAGCGCCUUUAAAUAAGACCAUACUUUUUCUAGUGCAACAAUAGACAGUUGGUUUGUUGGAAUAGUUCCUUUAAUCUUAUUUGUUAAUAUAUGCCAAGCAGAUCAUUGCAGAGAGGUCUGUACUCUCUGAUUAUUGAAAUAAUAUUGCAGCAUGUCUCAAGUACAUUGGUAUAUCAUAGCUGUAAUCAAACAUGAUUUUAUGAAUAAACUUGGGAUUCCAAGCAACAUUUGCAUGGGCAUGUGAAAACAUGCAGAUAUAUCAGUGAAAGAAAAUCACACAACAUUCCCUUAAUAUGUAUUUUAUCAAAAAUAUUUUUGUACCAAUAUAUAUUUAAUAUUCUGUUGUUUGAAUGUUCAAACGUUGUUUUUUUACGGCAAAGUCGACUUGUUAUUUCAACAAUUUUCUUUAAUAGGUAUUUUUAUAUCAAUAUUUUACACUUUAAUUUACUGUUUUACACCACAUCAUUGUUUUAAUAUAAAUUGUUUAUCUUAAAUUAAAUGCAUGUAUUUUCUUUAAAUAGGUUUUAUGAAUUUGAAAGUGAUUUCUUUAAAAAUCUUUAAUUAGUUCAUAUGUGCAAUAGACUUUACUUUUCUUGUAAUACAAUAAUGACCCCAGUAGUUGGUUGCUUUCUUUAUAGUUCUGGGUUUUGGAUUAUGACCAGAUGCUUUAAACUUUAACUGCCAAUUAAGCAAACAAACUGUUUACUUUAGAUAUAAAUAAAAUUAGUAUGACAACAAACACAAAGUUUACAGUUUUAUCAUCUAGUUUUUAAAAAUAUCUCUAUCCUAAAGUUACAAGCAGUUAGCUUAAGUGGGUGAUUAAGUUUUGAGCAACUCAGUCUAGAGGUUUUAAUGAUUGUGUUACAAUAUAACAACCUGGUUUUAAAGAGGCUGAUGAUUCAUUCUAAGCUACAUUAAAGGUAAUGUCGAAGUACUGUACACGCAACACUAAGAGUACAAUAACUUGCUUGUUGGAUGACAUCAUUCAGACAGAUUUCAAUGUAGUGCACAAGACAUGGUACUCUGUGAAUCAGGAGUUGUUGAUCCUUGUUUUGUUUUGCCUGGAACAAGACACUUCCAAAGGCAUUAACUUAAAACUAGAGUGAAAUUUGUCAACCCUAAAAAUAUACUUAUGCAAUAGUGUCAUCUUGGGUAACAAUAUGUUCUAGGGUAGACAAAGUGCAAUAUUGGCCUAAUGAUUGCAAUAGUUAUUUGUCAUUAAGCUGAACUUUAUGGCUUGUUUCUGCUGGUAGAAUAUACACACAAUUUUCAGCAUUCAUGAUCAGUUUGUAGAAAUUAUAUACAAAUGAAAUUGGAACUUGCUUUUUUAUGUUUAAUCAAUAAAACUAUUACUUAAA